ACAGUCGGCGCUCGCGAGCUGCCGCCCCGGAAAUGACGUGUUGCCUCGCUGGCCGUGCGGAAGUGGAGAUGGCGGAGCUCUACGUGAAGCCGGGCAACAAGGAGCGUGGAUGGAACGACCCCCCGCAGUUCUCCUACGGGCUGCAGACCCAGACUGGCGGACCCAAGCGCACGCCGCUCACCAAGAGGGUUGCAGCCCCGCAGGAUGGAUCCCCCAGAGUCCCCACGUCAGAGCUAUCUCCUGGGCAUCCCCCAACUGGGCCUCCACCUCCGAGUAAGGCUCCUGGGCCUCCAUCUGUGGAGAGCUGUCCUUCCUCUUGUGUGGUGUCCACAAGUUCCCCAGUCAUUGAGCCUGAGGCUCUGUUGGAGGAUGUGCUGAGACCUUUGGAACAGGCACUGAAGGACUGUCAUGGCCACACAAGGAAGCAGCUAUGUGAUGACAUCAGCCGACGCCUGGUACUGCUGCGGGAACAGUGGGCUGGAGGGAAGCUGUCAGUGCCGGUAAAGAAGAGGAUGGCUCUACUGGUGCAAGAGCUUUCAAGCCACCAGUGGGAUGCAGCAGAUGACAUCCACCGCUCACUCAUGGUUGACCAUGUGACUGAAGUCAGUCAGUGGAUGGUGGGAGUUAAAAGAUUAAUUGCAGAAAAAAGGAGCCUAUCUUCAGAGGAGGCGGCCAAUGAAGAGAAAUUGGCAGCUGCAACUGAGAAUGAGACCAUGUCAGGCCUUCAACAAGCUCCAUAAUCCUGCUGGUUCCCUGAACUCACUUCACAUCAUCACCUAUGCCUUGGUGUGGGAGGACUUCUCUCACUUGGCUCCUUCUUACCACCAGGGAGACCAUCCCAUGGGCCUGACCCACUUGUAUGGGAAAAGGGUCCCACCUGGGUUACCUGAACAUGCAUUUUAAUAAAAACAUCUCAGUGGUGGGCCUUGGGUAGGAAACGAGCCCUUCCUAUGCGAA